GCGUGAAGGAGCUUCAUAAUCAGAUACUCGGAAAUAAUUUGAACAACGUGCAGUUUGAAAUUGUGCUAAACGGUAAAGACAUGACAGAAUUUAAUUCAGUGAACAGAGGGAAAUCUGUGGAAAACGUUUCGUUGCUUCAACCGGAUAAGAUGUUGGAGGAAAUGGGAACACUGGAUUGCAGGCAUUUGAAACUGCCUCUUCUGACCCUGGAAAAUCUUGGAAAAGUCAUCACCCCCUAUGUGAAAGAUGUUUCACAGGAUCAGUGGGCGUCUUUAGCCGAUGGUGACCCUGGAUCAAAAGUUGUCAUUCUCUUGUCCAGCAUGUGCCAUGCGGUUAUAGAAGAAAUAAGCGCCUUGGUCCUGGAGGUUGUAGAACCUCAGGUUCUUGCCAAGGGGCACAAUCAUGCAAGUGGAGAUAAGGUAAGUUUGCAGGAUGGGUGCAGCUGCUGCAGAGUAACAGAAAAUAAUAUUCAAGCCAGCUUCAGAAACACCCUUCAUCACUGUUUUGGUGAAGCCCUAUCCAUGGCACAAGGUAAGUCCUACAACUCGGAUAUAUUAGUAAAGCUGUUUUCAGCAGAAAUUACUAAAAAGUCAACACGUCGCUGGCUCGUAUCACAGGGCCAGCUCCCACCCCUAAAAACUCAUGACUCAGUGACAGCAUUGAUUUUAGCCUACCAGGAGAAUUCUUCACCAAGUCUGGAGUCUCCUGACUGUCCAGUCAACAUGACCUUUCUUACUGUGCUUCUUGCUAAGUUAGUCGACCAUAUUGCAUCAAAAACCAGAACAUCCAUACUAAACGUGGACCUGGUUGCAUUAUUGGGUGGUGUAACAAUGAGGGCUGAAAAAGAACUGGUUUCCAUUCCCCCACCAAGUGUUGAAAACCUGCACAUCUCCAUCUAUAAAAAGCUGUGCAAGGUGUUUGGAUCCAAAUACUUGUUGCAGGCUGCCAUGGAAUCUGGUGACGAAGCAUUUGAGAUUGCUGUUUCAGAGGUUUUUAGUGUCACAGCUCCAGAAAUCUUUAGUAAGGUCAAAGAAUUCUGGGACCAUAUGGAGAGUUGUCAAGGAUGGUAA